AUGACACAUUUUGUUAUUUCUCUAUUUGCUGCUUUGGGUGUUGUUAUAAUCAUUAUUGUAUUUGGUCUCAUUUUGACACAAAUAUUUAUCAGUAGAGCUGAUAUCGCUCAAACAAAUACGAAUAUUCAAUCAGAUUUACUCCAAGGUAUUAUCGUUGAUAUUGAUCAAAUACCAGAAACUCAACAAGAACCAGGAAUAACUGUCAUAUCUAAUGAUAUCAUUGAUGGUACAGCUCAUCAUCAUUAUCAUAUCAAGAAGAAAACUGUAUCUGUUAUUGAUCAAAAUAUUCAGAUUAACCAUAAGGAUCCGACAAGACCAAUUAAAACUGAUAAUACUAUAAUUUCAUCAAAUAUAAGUAUAGUAAAUCCUUUAAUUGAUAAGAUUACAUUGGAGUAUUAA